UUUUUUUUUAUCGAUAUCAAUAGUAGUUAUUUGCAGGGGUUAGAUUAUUUUAUUUUGGUUACUCGGACUCUCAAAAAAGAAUAUUUAAACGCGCCCUUUGAGACUUUUGAGAAAAAAAAAAAUUCUCUUCCUACUUACUGUUUACUUUAAGAAAUAAAAAAAAAACCUAAAGAUUUAACCGAUUGACUUUCUUUCUUAGAUAAAACCUAAAGUUUAUUUACUUAGAGUUACUCAAAAUGAAUACACCACAAAAUACAACUGAACAACAACACUUAAACGAUUUAGUUAAACUUGUUAAAUUGGCUCGUGAAGAUGUUGUGAACGAAGGAUGUAACGAUCAACAGAUUGCUUGUGAUAUUUUACUAUACCUGCAAUAUGCAUCAUACAAGUACAAGAACGGUUGGCAGAAUUUUAAUCUUUCAACAGUUACGCAAUUGUUCGAAGAAAAGAUGAAGAUGGAAUCCCUUAAUAAGAACAAUAUAAGACUUUCGGAGGAUUCUACACGAAUAGAUGCAGAUUCUUAUUUUGAUUUUCCUGAUUAUUCUUCUAACGAUGAAUCUACCGAGGUUCUUGAAACUAAUAUAAAUAUAAAUGAUUCUCCAGCGUUUGAGAAUUUACGCAAAUCAUCCGGUUCAUAUGCUUCAUCACAUAGUACCAUAGUUUCAAGUCAUAGAUCAAACGCGUCUAGUUUCCCAUCAACUUAUCCCCCCUUAACACAAGAUCUUUCUGGACCUCGUGAUAGUAUUACGAUGAAAGAAUUACAAAGAGAUCUUUCAAAUGAUAACAAUUCCUACCAGGAACUCGAUAGGUUAAAUAAUGAUCCUUCGAUUCCCUGUAAUUUAGAUUCAAAUUCUACUACAUUUCGUCCUGUAUUACAAAAUUCAUCGAAAUAUGGAUCAAGCAUUAUAGCAGCUUUUCUAGAGUCCGAUUGGCCAUCAGAAGAUGAGGAUGAAACACCUUUUUCUACUUUAAUCAAAGAACGGGGUCAAGCUUUGUAUGAAGAAAAAAGGCGACAAGCUGAGGCAAACGUAAGAAGUACAUGUGACCCAGGAACCGUAUCGCUUGUUCAAGUACGGAAAGCAUUUCCGAUAAAUGAAAAUAAUAUGUUAGAAUCAUCGAAAAAUGUCAGUAAAAAAAUAGUAAAAAAUAUCGGUAAAGGAAAAAAGUUGACAAAGGCGACAAACAAGAAGUCGAAAAAACAAACAAAUUCAAUAAUUCCACCAAUUACAACUUCAACUGAUUCGACCUCUGGAUUAAAUUCACUGUCAAACACGGUUUCUGGGUUACAAGUUAUUUCACCACGCACUAUAAUUUCAGGGUUGCCUUUUUCCGAGUUUGAUCAACAUAUAGAAGAACAAGAACGAUCACAAACCUCCGUAAAAGGAUCAAAGAGAAAAGUACGUGAUUGCGAUGAUGUUACAGAAAAUGUUGUACCUGGGGAUUUCGAUGUCGAUAAAAUGUUUGAAGAUUUCGAUCCGACAGCGCACUCGAUGACAGCGCACUCGAUUAACGUGACACCAGGAACGAUGUAUAAUCAACUUUUGGCUGAUAUCUCCCCAUCGAUAAGGAAUCGUUUCGCGGCUAACUCACCUGGGCAAGAAUUUGAUUAUUUAUGGGCUACAUAUAGCGCUUCUACCAAUAAACGAUAUCGAAAAAGCCCAAAAUUCAAAGAACAAACGAUAGAUUUCGAACCCAAAGUGGUAGAAGCUCGUAAUAACACGGAAGCAAUACCUUCUUCCUACCAGGCAUCAUUAGAUGCUUGGGCGGCAAGUAAUGCAGUUUCCACGCCGCACACUCCCAUUUUAAUAGAAGUACCUAGUACUCCACCACAUCAAAUUAGGACGGCAUCUGGCACAAGAACGCCAGGCUCUGCAUUUUCGCUGAGCGAAUUCCUUAACUUAUCACCAUCACCUAUGUAGACAAUUGCCAAGGUGGAGCGAUGAAAGAGUAUAUAUAUAUGUGUGUAAAAAAAAAAUUUUAAUAUAAAGUAAAAGAAGAUAGGUAGACAAAAAUUAUUAAUGUGUAAUUAAUUACAAAAUUAAUUAUAUGUAAUAUUGCAAAACAAAGUAGAUAAACAUAUUUGAUGGUAAAAAAUAUAAU